GCGGAUUCAGGAACUGGCCGGGGGUCCGGCUGGGGCCCGAGACGGUGGUGGCGGCCCUGGAGCAGCUGCUCGCGCGGAGGGCACGAUGGGCUUCUCUUCGGAGCUGUGCAGCCCCCAGGGCCACGGGGCUGUCCAGCAGAUGCAGGAGGCCGAGCUGCGCCUGCUGGAGGGCAUGAGGAAGUGGAUGGCCCAGCGGGUGAAGAGUGACAGGGAGUACGCCGGCCUGCUGCACCACAUGUCCACACAGGACAGCGGGGGCCAGAGCCGGGGCCCUGACAGCCCCAUCAGCCAGUCCUGGGCGGAGAUCACCAGCCAGACGGAGGGUCUUAGCCGCUUGCUGCGGCAGCAUGCGGAAGAUCUGAACUCGGGGCCCCUGAGCAAGCUGAGCCUGCUGAUCCGGGAGCGCCAGCAGCUGCGCAAGUCCUACAGCGAGCAGUGGCAGCAGCUGCAACAGGAGCUCACCAAGACCCACAGCCAGGACAUUGAGAAACUGAAGAGCCAGUACCGAGCCCUGGCACGGGACAGUGCCCAAGCCAGGCGCAAGUACCAGGAAGCCAGCAAAGACAAAGACCGCGACAAGGCCAAGGACAAGUACGUGCGCAGCCUGUGGAAGCUCUUUGCCCAGCACAACCGCUAUGUGCUGGGUGUGCGGGCCGCCCAGCUGCACCACCAGCACCACUACCAGCUCCUGCUGCCCGGCCUGUUGCAGUCACUGCAGGACCUGCAUGAGGAGAUGGCGCGUGUCCUGAAGGAGAUCCUGCAGGAGUACCUGGAGAUCAGUAGCCUGGUGCAGGAUGAAGUGGUGGCCAUUCACCGGGAGAUGGCUGCAGCGGUCGCCCGCAUCCAGCCCGAGGCCGAGUACCAAGGCUUCCUGCGCCAGUAUGGGUCCGUCCCCGACAUCCCCCCCUGCGUCACCUUUGACGAGUCGCUCCUCGAGGACGGUGAGCAGAUGGAGCCCGGGGAGCUGCAGCUGAACGAGCUGACUGUGGAGAGCGUGCAGCACACAUUGACCUCGGUGACAGAUGAGCUGGCGACGGCCAGCCAGGUGGUGCUGAGCCGGCAGGAGGUGGUCACUCAGUUACAGCGUGAGCUCCAGGAGGAGGAACAGAACACACACCCCCGGGCCCGGGUACAACUGUUGGGCAAGAAGCAGGCGCUGCAGGAGGCGCUGCAGGGGCUACAGGGAGCACUGUGCACCCAGGCCAAGCUGCAGGCGCAGCAGGAGCUGCUGCAGGCCAAGCUGGAGCAGCUGGGCCCCGGCGAGCCCCCGCCUGUGCUGCUCCUGCAGGAUGAUCGCCACUCCACGUCGUCCUCGGAGCAGGAGCGAGAGGGGGGCAGGACGCCCACGCUGGAGAUCCUUAGGACUCACAUCUCGGGAAUCUUCCGCCCCAAGUUCUCCCUCCCGCCACCGCUGCAGCUCGUUCCCGAGGUGCAGAAGCCGCUGCACGAGCAGCUCUGGUACCACGGGGCCAUCCCACGGGCCGAGGUGGCUGAGCUGCUGACGCACUGCGGGGACUUCCUGGUGCGGGAGAGCCAGGGCAAGCAGGAGGCCGUGCUGUCGGUGCUGUGGGACGGCCUGCCCCGCCACUUCAUCAUCCAGUCCUCGGACAACCUGUACCGACUGGAAGGGGACGGUUUUCCCAGCAUCCCCUUGCUCAUCGACCACCUGCUGCAAACCCAGCAGCCCCUGACCAAGAAGAGUGGUGUGGUCCUGCGCAGGGCCGUGCCCAAGGACAAGUGGGUGCUGAAGCACGAGGACCUGGUGCUGGGCGAGCAGAUCGGGCGGGGGAACUUCGGGGAAGUGUUCAGCGGCCGCCUGCGAGCUGACAACACCCUGGUGGCCGUGAAGUCCUGUCGUGAGACCCUUCCGCCCGACCUCAAGGCCAAGUUUCUGCAGGAAGCGAGGAUCCUGAAGCAGUACAGCCACCCCAACAUUGUGCGCCUCAUUGGCGUCUGCACCCAGAAGCAGCCCAUCUACAUCGUUAUGGAGCUAGUGCAGGGGGGCGACUUCCUGACCUUCCUCCGGACGGAGGGGGGCCGCCUGCGGGUGAAGACCCUGCUGCAGAUGGUGGGCGACGCGGCGGCUGGCAUGGAGUACCUGGAGAGCAAGUGCUGCAUCCAUCGGGACCUGGCUGCUCGCAACUGCCUGGUGACGGAGAAGCACGUUCUAAAGAUCAGCGACUUCGGGAUGUCCCGGGAGGAAGCCGACGGGAUCUAUGCAGCCUCGGGCGGCCUCAGACAGGUGCCCGUGAAGUGGACGGCUCCCGAGGCCCUUAACUAUGGCCGCUACUCCUCGGAGAGUGACGUGUGGAGCUUUGGCAUCCUGCUAUGGGAGACCUUCAGCCUGGGGGCCUCCCCGUACCCCAACCUCAGCAACCAGCAGACCCGGGAGUUUGUGGAAAAGGGGGGCCGCCUGCCCUGCCCAGAGCUGUGCCCUGACGCCGUGUUCAGGCUCAUGGAGCAGUGCUGGGCCCAUGAGCCCGGGCAGCGGCCCAGCUUCAGCACCAUAUACCAGGAGCUGCAAAGCAUCCGCAAGCGGCAUCGGUGAGGCCGGCGCCCCCUCUUCAAGCCAGGGGGCGCUGCAGGCGAACACGAACCUCCCAAGCAGCUCCGGAUCACAUGGCGGUUCACCGUCCCAAACUCCGGACGCCCGCCCGCCGCCCUGCACCUUCCACGGCUUCCACUUCAGCAGAAAUAAUAAAGCCACG